AUGGAGAGGGCGGAGGGCAGUGAGGUCAGAGGAGCUGACCAGGGAGCUGUCAGAGUUUCCAGAGGAAAGUGUCAUCAGGGCAAUAGAAAGACAACAAAUGAAGGAUCCAGUGAUUUAAACUUCCAGAACUUCCCUCUGCUGAAAAAUAGGUCAUGGCCUCGAGUCACCAGUGCCACAGGCCAGUACCGGACUAUUCAUGAGCCUCUUCUCGGUUACGAAAGGAACUUUGCUGAAGUCUUGGAUGGAGCAAAAGACCACGGGGAUGAUGAUGACUAUGAAGACCCUGAGAGUCAUGUGGCAGAGGCAUGGCAAUCGAUGAAAAUUUUACCAGCCAGACCUAUAAAUGAAUCUGAAUAUGCAGAUACACGCUAUUUCAAGGGUGCGACGGACGCUCCUCUUUCCUUAGAUGCCAAGACAUCUAUCUCCCUGGAGGGGCAAACCUGGAAUAUGCGGAUGAGGCUGGAAGAAGUGGACAAACCCACCUACAAGGACAUCAGAAGCCAACAUGUUAAAGGAGACAAAGCCACAAAGGGAAACAAGACUCCUUUACCACCUCCUCGGCCGCCCAUCACUGGUCCAAAGAAGUACCAGCCCCCGCCCCCCGAGCCAGAGAGCAGCAGGCCAGCCUUCCCUCAGAGGCACACCUUUCCCGAAGCCCAGAGAGAGCCCAGACAGAUAAGCUUGAAGAACUUAAGUGAGGUCCUUGGAACAGAGAAAGUUCCUUAUCACCGGAUGAAGUCUGAAGCAUUUCACCUGUCACGAAAUCAAAGUACUCCAGAGAUUCCUCUUGCUCUUGCCAGCUCUUCAUUCAUGACGAGCAACCACAGUAUGCAAAACAGAGAUCAUAAAGAAAGCAUGCAGUCCCAUUCUCCUAAGAGAUGUCAGUCUCCAGCCAGCUAUGGCCCUCGGGAAAAUUCGCUGCACCAUAAAAACACAAGCUGGAGAAAACCGUUCCCCGCAAGGUCUGAUGAAAAGGACGUCCAACACAAUGAAUGGUACAUUGGAGAGUACAGCCGCCAGGCAGUAGAAGAGGCAUUAAUGAAGGAGAACAAGGAUGGUACUUUCUUGGUCCGAGACUGUUCCACGAAAUCCAGGGCAGAACCCUACGUCUUGGUGGUGUUUUAUGGGAAGAAAGUCUACAACGUGAAAAUCCGCUUCCUGGAGAGGAAUCAGCAGUUUGCCCUGGGGACUGGACUCAGAGGAGAUGAGAAAUUUGAUUCGGUGGAAGACAUCAUCGAACACUACAAGUAUUUCCCUAUUAUAUUAGUUGACGGGAAAGAUAAAACUGGGAUCCAUAGGGAACAAUGCUACCUGACUCGGCCCCUCCCUCUCAACAGACACUUCUCAGCUUGGUAGCCUGGCCUGUGUUUAUCUUCAGUUCGGUGGAUCCAAUAUCUCUAUCAUUUUUCGUUUAUUUCAAAAGAUUAUAUUCUGUGGUUUUCAGAGAUUAUUUCUUUGGCUUCAUAGAAAAGAAAAACAUUCUAUAAUGGAAAUUGGAAAAUCAAUCACAGUUUUGAAAGCUCAAACCACAGAAGAGAUAUUUAUAAGAUGCAAAAAUUAAAACUAGCUUUAAAAAAAUAUCUUCUAAAAAAAAAAACUAUAAACAUGGUCAUUAUGUUCAUGUUACCAACGAGCAACAAAGGUUACAAGGAGCUAUUGCUUAAAUGUUUGCAGCUAGCACAUGACAAAUCUAGGUGAGAUUGCCAAAUCUAUGCUCUCUAGAGGACUCAGUGCUGCCUUUUUUAAUUUCAGGACUGUUUGGACUUAGGAAUUUACACUGUUUUCAUGAUUCCUUAUGCUAAAGAUGUUGGUGAAUGAUAGCUCUGUUUGUAAUCCUGGAAAUUUGAUUAUAGGGAAGGACUGUGGUGUGGAAAGCAAGAGCACUUGUGAAUAUCACUUUAAAGACAGAAAUCAGAAAUGCUUUUACUAUGGUGUGAAACAGCCAAUGGACCAGUCUCCCGUAUACUCUCUUUAGAGCAGCUUGAAGACAAAUGGAAUUAGCGGAUUCAUAGUAAAGAAGCAAGCCUAAGUCUGAGUGAAAGUACAAUUUUUUAAAAAAUUCCAGUUGUAGACUUCCAUUCAAAGGAAGAGAAGAACUGUCCUCAAAUUAGUGCUAAUAUCUUGCAGAAAUAUUGCACACAUCACGAUAUUGUCCCCUCUCAAGGCUAAAAGGAUCUCAUUUUAUUCCUGUUUUACAAUACAGAUGAGGAAACAGAGGAUCAAAGAGGUUAAUGAUCUUAAUUUAAGAAGAGAGCCCAGAUUUUUACCCAUUUUGGCUGGCUCCAUCCAAGCGCAUCUUCCCAGGU